AUGAAGACCAAUCUUCCACUGCAAGUCAGUGAGAUGGGCGGCGUGCAGCACGUGAAGACCUGGCUGGGCCAGGAGAGAGUCUCGACUGAUAGUGAUAGGUCAGAUGGUUCUGCACGGCAGGAGAUACAGGAACAUGGGCACCAUCAACCACUUCGACGACACUUCCGCGCUCAAUACAGACUUCAUGAUCUCAACCAAACGCCAUCAGUGGACAUAAUUAAAUGCUGGGUGCGCAAAUUUGAAGCUACAGGAUCAACUAUGAACCCUCGUCCCAUCGGUCGCCAUAGAGGAGUGCGUUCUGAACAAAAUAUCGAGCGUGUCCGAGAUGCUGUGGAGGAUAAUCCACACCGAUCAGUGGUGGAUAUUCGCUUUGGUCCCGUUGGCGGACCAGGGGCGGAGCGCGGAUAUUUCGGACCAUGGACGACGUGCAAGGAACUUCUAUACGGUCGCACAAAAUGCGGAGAGAACGUCUCCAGGUUUCGACCUCAUGGAGCAGUGAAACUGGCAGGCUAUGUGGCGGCGUUGAACUCCUUGUGUCUAGCGUUCUUCUGCAUCCUCAGCAUUAUCCAGUUAUCCAUGAUCGUGUCCAAGGACAAGGUUGUGCUCAAGUACACUUCAGCAGUCACGGCCAAGUUGGGCCUCGCUCUCCUCUCAACGAUGUUUGGGAUUGCAACAGCAGGGCUGUUUGCUCUACAGACAGACGACAGAGCCAACGAUUUUAUUGUCAAGAGAGGAGAGUCUUUCUACAUUCAGGUAGUCCUAAUAGUGUUAACAUUCCUGCUGUUCAUUGGGGCUCUGUAUGACAUGCUGUUCGCAAGGCGGGCUGGUGGGGACCCCACCAUUGCCUCUAGAGACCCCUCGGGCAAUGACGCCACCACCUACAACAAUCCGGGCUUCCGAGACAAGAGGUCUACUCACCCAGGGGGCAGUGUGUCAGUGACGGAUGCCAGCGGUAAGCCAUACGCCCAUUCUGGCACCAACGGUAGCAUGGCCACGCUAUCCACCACGCUGUCCUCCAAUGGGUCCACUACAGGCUCCAUCACUCGCAGCCCUCUUCGGUCCAGUCUCAAGAAACCGAGGCCUGCAGCCAACAACGGCCUCGGUAUACAGAACCCAGGCUUCAGCGGGACCUCACCCACCCUCUCUCGCAACGGCAGCACAGUCAAGAAAGUGCGGAUACAGACACACAGUACUGCCGUGUAGUGGUGCCACCGUACUACAAAAUAGUUUGUGAUAUAUUUAUCAGAUUAUUUUAAUGCAACUUUCAACACAGUUGAUGUUGUUAAAAUAUGCAUAUUACAAGAGGAAAUUUUAUAGACGUCAUAGGUAUAUCCAACAUGUAGUUGGUAAAACUAUGUUGAAACCUUUUCUUCACUACACACAAGGUGUCCUAAAUAUAGUGAUCCAAAAUAUUUAGGUAAAGGCCAUCAUUACCACCUACUUUAAUUUCUGGAAUUUUAUAGUCUACAGUUCAAAAGUAAUGUUUUAUUACAUUUUUAUCCGAUAAUUCUCUACUUCUUACUCUUAAUUGUGCAUGGCAACCACUAUCAAUAGUUAACACAAAAGAUUAUUCUUACAAGUUAAAUAGCAAAAAAAAACGAUGCAAGUAUAAGGACUAAACUAUGAAUAAUAUUAACAAUAUGAGAGUAAUUAUAACAAGUUUAGUCCAAAUUAUUUAAUUUACAUAUAUUUUUUGUAUAUUUUCAGUGUUAUAAUGUGUUGUGUUCCUGCACAUAUUCAUUUAUUUCCUACGUGUGCUUGAUGAAUGUGUAAUUUCUCUUGAGUUUAUUAGAUCUUCUUGAAUGCAGAUAGUUAGGAUCUGAAUAAAUAAUUAAGGAUGUGAUGAAGAUGAUUUCUAUGUAGCUUAAUCCUUACCUUGUGCUAUUUAUCGGAAGCAUGCAAUGUGGAGAUAAAUGGCCUGCAGAAAGGUGCUUUUAACAUUACCACUAAAAAGGACCAAUAAGGACUUAAAGUUCACCUUCAUCAAAAAGAACGGGGCAAUCAAUCUUGGCACUAUGCUGGUGACAAACGAGAAACAUCACAUUGUGGGUGAAAUGUCUAGCCUUCAUAGAUUUAAUCUUCAAGAUCAUAUCCAUUACAGUCCAGAUUGAUGGAAGGACACACAACACAAUUAUAAUCAAAUUUUUGUUGAAUUAGGGAGAAUUAGAGUGUUCAUGUUUGAAGAUCAUUGUACAUUCAAAUGAGACUAAAUGCAGGCAUUAUGCACUGUGAAUUCCAGGAGAGCAGAGUUCAAAAUAACACCCAAAUCCUUCACUUCAGUUUGUUUAACGAGAGAUCUGUUAUAAACAGAAUAGUUGAAAAGCACAGGAGAAGUCUCUCAAUAGAAGAAAAUAACCAUGUACUAAUUGAAGUUCUUAGAGUUGUUCUGAUUACUAAUAUCACCUUAGGAGGCAAUAUUAUAACAUCCUCUUGAGGGAGCAAGGCAUCCUGAAUAGAUGAGUUGUCGUUUAAAGAUAAGUUGUUGCUUUAAGGGUUUCAGUUACGUCUUUGAUGAAGAUGUUAAAUAAUAAAGGUCCAAGAAGGGAGCCUUGAGGAGUGAUGAACAUAGCAAAGACCUUUUUAGACUAAGACAACUUGUCAACUUAUAUCUGACCCCCAGAAUCCUUUUAUCUGAGUUGGAAUACAUCCCCACGAAACUUUACAUUAUAAACACUGAGUUUACUACUGAGUAAAGUCAUGGGGAUGAGAAUGGGUGAUUUUUUUAAAUGCUUUGGUGAAAUUAAGUUCAAUAGUUUUCACAUGAGAUCUAUCGAAUAAAGACUAAAGAUGUCUAUAAAAGAACAAGGUUUAUCAAUGGAGGGUUAUCAGAAGUGAAACAAUUUUUACACUUAAACUGAUUAUUUUCAAAAACUAUUUUUUCAAAUACUUUGGGAAGAACUGGUAAAAUUGUAAUAGAUCUGUAAUUUGUAAGGCUGAAAGGGUCUUUUUGUGUAUAGGUACGAUGUGGCCAUUUUUCAACCAAACCGGAAAGAUGACUGCUAAUAAGUAAUAGAAAAUAACAUAGUAGUAAUUUGAGAUGUAAUGAAACCUUAUUAUAUUAGAAGUAUAUGUUUACAACCAUAACUAAGUGUGUGGCAAUUUUUCUUGGCCAGCAAAUACUAAAAAAUUUACAAUUUAUUUAUUUUUCACAAAAGCUUAAAUUUAAAAAGUGUUUGUAUAGUCAAACAAUAAACACAAAAUUGUUCUAUAUUUUAUCCCUCUAAAUCCACCCAGAGUUUAAUUUCAAUCCAUAAAAUAGGAGUUAACUCUUAAAUAAUUCUUGUGAACAGAUUAAAUAAUUUUUUGUAACAAUUUUAUAAAAUCUUGAGUUCCAAACUAUGAACUUUUUGGAUUACAGAAGUUUGUUUGAAAUGGUUGGUAACCGUGGCCUCUAAACAUUUUUUUGGAUCACUAUUAAAGGACCAUCCAUUAUUUCUUUUGAUAUUGAUAUUGUGAAUUUUAAAACAGUUCAUCUGGGUAUGUCUUAAUAGUUAAAUAUACAUUAUUAAGAGUUAAUAUUAACUACUGUACUCAACUAAUCGAUGGUUUUCAUUCAACAUCUGCUGAUUUAAAUAGCUUAUAAGAACCACAUAUUAUUGAUAACUGUGCCUUACUUUUGUAUGUAUUUCAGUUUUGUUUGAUGCAUUUUAAAUAAUCGUAUGGAUGAGCUUUGUGUGGUCUUGAAGUUCUCGAUUAUAAAUGUGGCAUCAGUGUAAAGUAUGAUCUCAUAUGGUUCUAAAUUAAAUCUGGUUUUCACAACUAUAGAGCUUCCGUACAGUUGAUAAUACAGAGUGUGUCAAUAAUGUUACUGAGAAGUUCACUGAGGUCAAGAAAACUGAUGAGCUUGCACAAAGGUGAGUCAUACAAACAAAACGCACUUGAAAGCUUCCGAUCCUGCUGUGUUAGACGUAUAACAUUGUCAGUGUAAUGCAUUAAAAGUACACAAUGAUCAUGUUGUGCAUUCAUAUUUGCUGUAAAUACUAUUUCUUUAUUAUAUGUAUUAAAAGCAUGUGUUAAAUAUUUGUAAAUAAUCUAUCAUUAAUGAUUCGCAGGUAGGAGAAAAACCAUUCCGUCCAUGUCUAGGUAGCUUGACACUCAUAGUUAGUGUAAUCUGUAUUAUAGUAUAUUUGUAACAUAUUGUACAAAGAUGAAAUAUUUUUAUGGAGUUAUUUUAGCAGAUUUAUAGUAUUCUUAUUAUAUUAGAAGUUAUUUGGUGAUUUAGCAGUGCAUAAGUUGCUGGUACUGAACAUUCUAACCUUAAAAACAAUAUGAUCUGAUUUCUCAUAAUUGUAUCUGUUCAUUUUAGAGAAAAUGUCUUGUUAAAAAGUAUCCAACGUACUUUAAGGGAAAUUAAUUAUUAUUUAUUUAAUGUAUUGUCUUAAAUAUUUUGUAUUGGUGUAAAUAUUUGGGUACAAAAAAAGUAAUGAAAUGUAUCUAAAUAACAUCAAAGUACAAUAAUUAUUAUUGCCUCUAUGGUGGCUCUGGCAUGAAUACCUCUGUGGUUGCAGAAUCACAGCUGUUUGUAGUUUUAAAUUAUUUGAAACAAAAGGCAGCUAAACAUAUACUAUUUUGUUUUUUACUGGUUGUAGAAGUUUAUACAACUGCUUUUAAAGUACGAGUACAAUUAUUUCUAUGUACUUUUUUCCAUUAUUUUUGCAAAUACAUAACAAUUUUCGAUACAGGCUUCAGUAAAUGAACUUAAUUAUUGCUGUAGCAUUUUAAAAUUUACAAUACACUAAAUAUUCAAGUAAAGGUAUGAACAUCAAAAAUAGAUUUGCAAUAGUGGUUAGCUUUAAUUUUCUAAUCAAAGCUCGUGUGGUCAUUGGUGCUCACUGUUAUACUCAAUUGUUAGCUGUUGGUGUUCAGUAACAAUUUUUAUCAGCAGUUAGUAAAGUAGUAAUGAACACACACGCUUCUUUGUCAAGAAAACUACAUGAGGUGCAUGUUUGCCAAACUACUAAACAAGCUUAACUCUCUCUGAAGGGACUCGUUUGAUAAAAAAGGACAAAGUUAGUGGAUAAAACUGCAUUUAACCCUUAGAAAGUACCACAGAGAAUAUUCAUAGAUUAUAUGAAACUUCUGACAUAUAGAAGUUUGUUAUUAAAGCUCGUAUGUCCAACAGUUUUAAAGAGCAGUCUGUAGUAAUAUGAAUUACAUUUUUCCUGUCAAAUUUCAUGCAGUUUAAUGUCCUUAUUUUUAGUCGUACAGUUAGGGGAGUUGUCUUAUUUUAAAGAUAUAAUUAAUAUGCGUCCAAAGGCUUUUACAUUUUUUUUAGAUAUUUUUAUGCGUUAUUCAUAAAAUAAUCUCAAAUUUAUUUGUAAUUCAAUGUUUAAAUAUUCAAAAAAUAUAUACUUUGCAAAAAAACUAAAUAUCAUUUGGACAUGUAUUAUGUUUUAAAAUGGGACAUCUCCCAUAACGCCAUACUAAAAAAUAAAGGUGUAAAACUUUAAAGGUCAUUGUUCUUAAGGGGAAAAAGUCAAGGUUAUUCCACUACAACAGCUGGCUGUUAAGAGGGCACAGUACCCCUUAAUGACCUUGUGUUUAGUCCCAUAGAACUUAUGUUGAAUUCAAAUGGCUGUCCUGACCUUAAUUUUAAUAGUUACACAUGGUUUUUAUAUCAUUGUACUCGUUAAUUCAUUGUCUAGUGAAUCCAGUGAUUAUAUUUCCAAAAACAUUGCAUAAAAACAUUGUUACAUUUAAUGUUGUAAUUAUAUUUUGAACAAUUUUUUUGUAGUCACGAAAUUGAAACAAAAAUUUUGUUCACUGGUUUCUUUAUACGAACAAAAGCUUCAAAAUACUUUUUGUUUCUUUUAAUUACCUCGUUUGGGUAGGUUAGGAGGACUGUUUAAAAUCAAAAUUGGUUAUACAGUACUAAAUACAAGGUCAUCGAGAGGUACUUGCCCUCUUAAGUCUAUUUGAACCGGAAACUUUGCAUCCUUAACCGUCUAUUUUUAAUUUGUCCCUAAUCUAAGCUGUGCCAAACGUAGUACAUUAAUAUUGGUUUGAAUCAUAUAUCAAAGAAUUGUAUGCAAUUUAACUUUCACAUUUAAUUUACUAUUAUAACUUUAAUUUAUUUCUAAUUUUGCGUUGUGAUUUUCAGCAUAAUAUCUGCUACAAAUUGUUUUAUUUAACAAGCCAUUUGGAAACUACCCUAUACUUAAUUUCAAAUUUGUUAUUGAAUAGUGACUUGUAAGUUGUUACAAAUAGUAGGUACAUUAUUUUAAUAAAUUUUUUAAAUGUUAAACAUUUUUAUUUUUGUUGGACACUGCAGUGAUGUAGCCAAGGGGGGGGGGUUAUAACUUUCCCCUCCCAUUAGAUUUCGUUUUAUAGAGAUCACAAAGUGUAAUCAAAGAGUAAAAAGUAAUGCUAACCAGCUAAUUUAAUCUUGAUGUAACUCUAUUAAUUGAUUUGUUGUUGGAUAGUUCAAUUGUGCAUAUGUAUAAAAUUCCAAUAACCCUACUUAAUGUUGAAAAUCCUGGCUUCUCGUAAAUUAUAAAUAAUUCAUCUAGUAGACUACUAAUAGACUAUAUAGCUACAAUGUUUAACUGUCAUAUAUGUCUUCCAGCUUUUUAUUUUUGUACAGAGAGUAGUUGCAUGAUCUGCUGAACCAAUACUAAAGAAGUUACAAGGAAGGGGCCUAAUUAUUCAUAUUAAAACGUGAGAGUUUCAAGUAUUUCUUACCAUUUACUUUCGUAAAGUAUAAUACUGUAUAUUACCUUUAAUUGAUGUGGUCACUUAACAUUAUGUACCAAAGAGCCAGCAGAAAUUGUCUUCAAGACAGUAAAUCCUUAAAAAGGAUGUUUUAAUUGUUUACUGUAAAUAUAUUUCUUAUUUUUGCAAAUUUAAUAUCAGAAUCGUAAUAUGUUUUUAUAAUUUAUCGAUUCACAGAAUCACAUAAAGUACCACACACAUCUUAUGUAUUUUCAGAUAUUUUGGUUACGUCAACCUCCAGUAACAAAUAGCAUUAAUGGAUAUUGGUUAUAAAAAGUAUUUAAACAUUUUCUAAGAAAUAUAUUUUCAGUUAACUUUUGUACUUAGUUUAUUUGACAUGAAAUGUCUGCUCUUUGUUGAAAGUUUGGUGUUUUUAAAGUAAUAUAUUUUAUUUAUAUAGAUUAGAAUUGUUUUGCAAAAGUAUUUUCAUUUUGAAAAAUAUUAUUGAUAACGUUAUUAUUAAUAGAGCUAGUAAAUAAUCAAAUUUAAACUAGUGUAUGGGAAUCAAUUCUAAGUAUUGUAAUCUACGUGGGUGUGUCCGUGUGUGUUGUAUGUUUGUGAUAUUUUGUUAUCGUUAAUAUUAAAACAAAGUAUAUAAGUAUAUGUAAAUCAGUGCAAUAGGAGAAAGUGGUCAUCUGAUAUUACAUGAAAUUUGUUUAGUUAAAAUGUGAAAACAUCUUCCAUUUUAAUAAGAUAAAUUUUUACACAAA